AUGGCGGCUAUCGGUGGCAAGCCGGCCAAUGUGUACUUGCACCGGCAGGCGGGUACAGCCAAGUCGUGCUUCGUGUGUUACAAGCAGACCACGCACGUGCUCGUAUCCCAAUCCUUACCCACGCAGGACUUCAUGUACGUCUGCCACGCGCACCUCGCCGAUCGACACUUUGCGACCAAGCUCUCGGAUCCUUCUGGCGCCUCUACUACCGCCACAACUGCGGCCACAACCGCGGCAGCUUCCGGGGAUCGACUUCCGGACAAGGUGAGCCAGCAGGAGAUCGACAAGAUCAAGCAGGAGUACGAGGCCAAGCUCAAGCAAAAGAAGGACAAGGACGACAAGGAUAAGGACAAGAGCAGCGAGAGCAAGCCCUUUUCGGCCAUGUCGGUGGCCGGCAGCGUGUUCUCCACCGUCACAUCCACUGUCUCUGGGCUGGCAUCUUCAGCCUUGGUAUCCAUCCCCAACGAAGCGGCGCCAUCGGCUGCAUCCACACCCACAGCAGCCACAGCUACGGAGCAGCUGAGCAAGCAACAUCCGCUCCACGCCACCUAUGCGCUCCAUCGCGAGUUUUACGCUGCGCGCGUGCGCAACUACAACGAGCGCAUGUUCAAGACCAAGGAACGCCAACUCAACAUGCCUCCCGCUCCCAAGAACGCGCUGCCCUGA